AAAUGGCGAACGCUACUGAUGCCGUUCUACGGUUUGGACGAAGUAUUAGAAAUAAGCUCAGUGAUGCAGGAAUUUGGGCUCAUAGGUUGAGUUCAGCCCCCCGCAAGACGGUGGAAACCAAGAAGUGGGCAUAA